UUACCGAUAGUAAUAUUGAAGACGUCUCGAAUGACACGGAAAAGUCCAUCAUGCCAACAUCAGAUGAAGUUAAGUGUAAGGAAAAAAAACCUGGAGGGGCAGAAAACGAACAGGACAGUUCACAAAACAAUCCUACUAAAGAACGUUUCGAUAAUCACGGGAACGACCAAGCUACAGCUGGGGAUGAUAUUAAACCUGCUGGUGACAAUCUUCGAGACAGCCAGAACGAACAGCCAAGUAUUGCACAAGGAGAUGGUUCUGACAGUAAUCUACAGACAGAAGAUGACCCAAAUAAAAGGAGUAAAUCCACAACGCCAACAGCACGUGACGAUGAGUGCGAGAAACAGCAGAAUGAGAUUAUGGACGUGGACGACGGCCAAUUGUCAACAAGCAGUGUUCAGAAAGAAG